UCUGCUUGACUAACAGUGCGAGAGACAAGCUGACAGGCCGGGGCUCUCCGGGAGGAAUUAUACUUUCUGUCAAGCUUUGCUUCUCAGAGGAAUUUAAUCAGAAUCAGGACGAUUUUGAUGUGAUGAUGCCAACCCAGCUUUGACCAUGUAUGAGGUGAUGUCCGGUGACACCCUCUCCUGGAAGGUGCCCAGUCCGAGAAAAAGUGAAACGGAGUCUGGCCCUGAAGCACAGUUCACUGGGGAUGGUGGACCUGUCAAGAUCCUUAAAGUGUGUUUCUGCACCAACAACAACCUGGGCAAGAAUUUCAAGCUGGUCAAAUGUGACAGCUCCUGGCAAAUUAGGGCUAUCAUUCGUUCCAUUCUGGUCAGCGGCCGUUUAGGGCCAAACAUUCAACACGCAGGAUGCUACGGCCUUAUGCUGAAGCACCUGAAGUCAGAAGAACUUCACUGGCUCCAUCCAGAUCUCACUGUCGGAGAGGUGGAAAAACGCUAUGAGAGCAAUCAUGUCGAAGCUGAGUGGAGAUAUGACCUUCGUAUCAGAUACAUUCCUGUGAAUUUUGUGGAAAAAUUUAAAGACGACAGAUCGACCUUUGUGUAUUUUUACCAACAGGUACGUAAUGAUUACAUGCAGUAUCAUGCGAGUAAAGUCAGUGAAGGAAUGGCACUACAGCUUGGUUGUUUGGAGAUCAGGCGGUUCUAUAAAGACAUGAAUGCAAAAGGUCUUGAAAAGAAAUCUAACUUUGAGCUACUAGAAAAAGAAGUUGGCCUGGAUCUUUUCUUUCCGCAGCAGCUACUUAACAGCAUGAAGCCCAAGCAACUACGGAAGAUGAUUCAGCAAACCUUUCAGCAGUUCGCGUCACUCAAGGAGGAUAACUGCAUGAUCAAGUUUUUUGAGACUCUUAAGGAUUUUGUCAGCUAUGACGAAGAGGCCUUCCCCUGUGAACUAGUGCAAGGCUGGAGUCUGUCAGUGGAGCUUGUCAUUGGUGGGAGAGGCAUUCGCCAACGCACACAGAAGGAUUCAGCGGCUGUGUUUUUAGCUGACUUCAAACAAAUUAAGAAAAUACAAUGCCUAUCGCAGAGCGACGGCAAGGCUCUCCUGAACCUCGACAUAGAGGGUGCCAAGCAACGUCUGACAGUCAACGUGGCCUCGGUCACUACGGCAGAGAACAUGAUUGAUCUUAUUGAUGGGUACUGCCGCUUGGAAAACAACACAGAUGAAAGCGUUAUCCACCGACCAAAUAAAGAUGCCAAUGCAAGAAGCUCCCUACCUGAAAUUCCUACUGUCACAGACAGGAACUCGGCCAGACACAGUAUGGGUUCAGAUAUCUACUGUGAGAUUCCCGAUGAAAGCCCAAAAUCAGUUGUGAAAUUCGGCAUUGACCGAAACAGCAUCGUUCUUGGACGAAUCCUCGGCGAGGGUUUUUUCGGGGAAGUCUACGAUGGAGUGUACAAAAAAGCUAAUGGCGAAAGGGUUAAUGUGGCAGUGAAAACCUGCAAAGACUGCUCACCAGACGUGAUGGAAAAAUUCAUGAGUGAAGCAGUAAUCAUGAAGAAACUCGACCAUCCCCACAUCGUCAAACUCAUUGGAAUCAUAGAGGAGAAUCCUGUGUGGAUUGUCAUGGAGCUUUAUCAGUAUGGGGAGCUCAAAAACUACCUGGCCCAGAACCAAGACAGGCUGACAAAUACAACCCUGGUGCUGUUCAGCCUGCAGAUCUGCAAAGCUCUCGUCUACCUUGGAGGGGUUAACAUGGUACACAGAGACAUUGCAGUUCGGAACGUGUUAGUCGCCAGUCCAGACUGUGUGAAGCUUGGAGACUUUGGUCUGUCGAGGUACAUAGAGGAUGAAGAAUACUACAAAGCAUCUGUGACUCGAUUACCAAUCAAGUGGAUGGCGCCAGAAUCCAUAAACUUCAGACGUUUCACCUCAGCCAGUGAUGUGUGGAUGUUCGCUGUGUGCAUGUGGGAGAUAAUGAGCUAUGGACAGCAGCCGUUUUACUGGCUCGAGAACAGAGAUGUAAUCAACCAGCUGGAGCAAGGCAUCAGACUGCCCAAACCAGAUAGCUGCCCUCCUGCCCUCUACUCACUCAUGACCCGCUGCUGGUCCUAUGACCCCAGAGAGAGACCCAGUUUCACUGAGUUGGUGAUGAAGAUCAGUGAUGUCCACAAGAUGGAAAAGGAGCAGGAAGUGGAGAAAGAGAGAGACAGAAUGCGCUCCACCAAAUUUUUCGAUCCCAAGUUCAGCAUUAAUGAGCCUCCUCCUAAGCCCUCAAGAAUGAAACCAAGCCGGUUUGGGAACACUCUCAGUAUUGGUCUACACAUUCAGCUGAAUGAGGCUCUGUGUGCCAGUUCACCUGACUUGGCCAGCCCAUGUGAAUAUCAGUCCCCUGUUGACUCCAGGAGCACCCUUGCACUACCCGUCAGUUCCCCUCGACGCCGCAGCAUGGGGGAGAGCGAGUUUCCCCGAGUGGAACCCAACAGCAGGGAGGACGCCCAGCGCCUGUGGCAGAGGGAAAAACAACAGAUACACGAAACGCUCCGCCAGCAGAAAGAGCAGAUGAUGGAGGAUAAAAAGUGGCUGAAAAAGGAGGAGAGACUGCUGGUGGGAAACAGAGCAUCCUUUACCUUUGUCAAACCCCUCUCUGUGUCUCUGUGUCCCUCUGCUUCCAAAUGCAAUGUAGCUGUGAAGACGACAUGGAACGAGACACCAUUAAACAAUAUCAACCUACUUGUUCACCCACAACGCCCCACUAGUCUUAAAUUGAAUGUGCCUCUGAUAACAGUUCCAAAGAGAGGCUCUAUGUUGUAUAAAAUCAACCUGCCUGUUCUUUUGCAGGACCCCAUGGGAGCGGAAGAUAUUGCCAGUCCAGAGCCGGCUGACUCUGAGAAUGCAGUGCCUGAGAAGCCCCCACGGCUCACAGCAAAGCCUGCACCCACAGCUGAGUUGGACCGCACGGAUGACAAAGUAUAUCACUGUGUCAUGGACUUGGUCAAAGUUGUUGUCCAGUUCAAGAAUGACAUCGCCGAGCUGCCGCCAGAACAAUAUAUUACCAAUGUCAAGUCUGUAGGGAUGACCUUAAGAGAUUUAAUUCACAGUGUGGAUGAGAUACUACCCACCUUACAUGAGUCUGUCAGGACUGAGAUUGAAGGCACCCAGAAGCUGCUGAACCACGACAUGGGGGAGCUGAUCAGCAAAAUGCGGCUGGCCCAGCAGAAUGCCAUAACCUCUCUCAAGGAGGAGUGUAAGAAACAGAUGCUUGCUGCUGCACACACUCUGGCUAUGGACAGCAAGAACAUGUUGGAUGCUGUGGAUCAAUCAAGAGUCAGAGCCAAUUUAGCAAAGCCUAUUGCCCCCUAAUGGACAUUAGACUUUUUUCAGUUUCACAUCAAAUAGGGACUUUUUUUUUUUAAACAUAUAUCAGUCAAAAAUAACAUUUGAGUAUAGUCAGGCAUACAUUGUUUGUUGGAUUGAUCAAUAUGUGAAAUUAAUCCAGCGGCACCACUGGGUCUUUGGUUAUCAUGUGAAUGAAUAUUUUGUUCAGAUGUGAUGCUACAUGUGGAUGUAUGUGUAUUCUUACCAAGGUAAUUCAGUAAUACAGACAUUUUCCUUUUUUGGUCCUCUGGCAUCAUAUUUAGGAUGUCAGUUCUGAUCAAUUUUAAAUGAUAACUGUUCCUGCUUGUGAUUGGUGAAUUGUUGACUCAGAUGUUUGCUUUGAAAUUUACAUAUGAAAAUAUAAAAUGUGUCAUAUGGGAAAUGUUUCAUGCAAAAUAAAACAUGAGCAAAUUCUGUCAGUAGUGAAAUGUAACCAGAGUGUCAGUGAUGUUUAGUUAUCUUUGGUUGGCUGUACUGCACAAACGUAUGAGAAUUCAAAUCCACUGAGAAGUCAAGGAAGAGCACAGUCAGUCAUGUCCAGGACAAAUGAAUCUGGUUUCACUAAAAUCUGCCCAUUAAAAAUGCCCAUAAAAUGACCAAUAUGACCUUAAGAUUGAGCACAAAUUAGGUGAUCACUGUGUUCAAGUUUCAGUAAAUUCUGACCCGUACUCUAGGAGGAUGAGCGAUUCUUGUGAAUUGUGGAGGGAGGGAUGUAGGAAUGCCUCGCCAUGGUAUAAGCUCAAUGGUCUUCCAGCAAGAUGAGAUAAAAACUAGAAGGGCUGAUACUACACUGCAAUAGAUGCCACCCACUGUUGUCACACCCCAAAAAUAAAUUAGCAGCUCACAAAGACUAGAAAUUCAUUUUAUUGGCUUUUAAAACCAAUAAAAUGGGAUCUUUAUAUUUUUAGUUAAAAUAUGAGAUCCACAUGAACACAUAAUGGGGAGAUAAUUUAUUGUAGGGUUUGUAGUUCACUUUCCAUUAUUUUAUUUUAAUUUAGAAUAGAACAAGAAAAUGGAUUAUGACCAGUAUUUGUUUAUACCUGACUAUCAAAUUUCAUCACGAUAGAUGAAAAAUUCACUGAGAUAUGGAUUUUAUAAUUUUGUGAAUGAUGAGAGAGUGAUUUCUUUUAAAUAACUGUGGUGACCUUGAAAAUUAAAUUAUAUGGUCCUGAGCCCCUAGGUAAUAUUUUUACAAAGUUUUAUCGAUUUUGAUUAUACUGCUAACAGACAAACAGGAAAACAUCUCUCUACCUAUCAGUGGGCCAGGUAAUGAGCAUAUAAAAAUGUUAGUCACCCAUUUAAUUAGUAUGACUCAUACUAAAAGCACAGUAGUAUAGAUAAUAAACUGUCACAUACAGUAUGUUUCAGGUACUUUAAAUAGUCUAGGUUUUUAUAUUAUCUUCCUUUUUCAUAGUUCAAGAGAUAUGAAAAUGUGUAUAUGCUAAAUAUGCCUCUACCUUAACCCAUAUAUAAAUUUGAUUAUGUCAGCAUCCCUUUCUUACUUGGAUUUGUGAACACCUACCAAAACUACCUGUAAAAUAUCUCUGUCAGUAUUUGUACUGAUUUGGGGAAAUAAACUGUCCUGCACACUAAGAACAGAUUGAAUGGUGAAAAAAAUCAGCAAAGAUUCUUUUAUUUGUUAAUAAUGUCCUGAGUGAGUCUGACAACUAUUACACUUUACAGUAUUGAACAUUUACAGAUGUUAAUUUUUCCGCAGAACUUGGUUCAGUCAAUGCCUAUUUGAUGCAGUUUCUUUAAAAGAUUUAACAUGAACAUUAAGCUUUGUAAAUUUAGUAUGGCUGUUCAAUAAAGUUUGUAUUAUAUGGUACAGAUGUUCCUUUUGUGGAGGCUGUUCAGAUAUGUUGUAAGAGUGGUCGUAAGUUUGUCUCUCUCCAUUUGAUGGCUGCCCCUCCCUGAGCCUGGUUCUGCUGGAGGUUUCUUCCUGAUAAAAAGGAGUUUUUCUUUCCCACUGUUACCAAGUGCUUGCUCAUAGGGGGUUGUCUUAU